AUGGCCAUUAUCAUAGCUGUGAUUCUUCUAUUUCUCGGCAUUGGAAUGCUGGUUAUUCUCCAUAUAUGUAUAGUAGGCGGAUCCUUCAUCAUGAGAGGAUUCCGAAGCCCUUUGAGAUUCGAUGUAAACAAUAACAAUCACAAGAACCGAGCUAUGUCCGAGGACGAUAUUCAGAAGCUUCCAUGUUAUGAUUACAAAGCCAAGGACAGAGAAAAGUUCUUGGCUCCCAGUCUAGGAUUGCUUUUGCCACUUUGCAAGCAUAGUUUUCAUGCUGAAUGUGUGGAUUCAUGGCUUUUGAGGAACCCCAUUUGCCCCAUUUGCCGAACAGGUGCCAGUUCGGGCAAGCCGGGGUCGGUUUUAGGUGAGCAACCUGGUCAUCAGGGUGAAGAUUUUGUUGAGUUGAGAGAGCAUCAUAGCAGGGGAAGCACCAAUUUAGAUGAUGUUAGAAUUGAAGUAAGAAAAUUCGACUUAAACGACGACGACAACAUCAACACGAAUCGAACCAUGUCCGAGGAUGAUGUUAAGAAGCUUCCAUGA